AUGGCUAGCCCUGGAUCGGAAGCACCAUCACAACAAAAACAGCAGCAGCAGCAGCAACUCAACGGUGUGGCUGGCGGAGUGAUCAACGGCAGCCACAACGGCAGCCACGUCCAUGGCGGCGACCUACGUACCAAUGGCGGGGGGUUCGACACGUCGUCGCCGUCGCUGUCACGGGCCCAAGAGCUGAAGACGCUCCUGUCGGCCGUGGUGGACCGACUGAUCCCGUUCGUGGAAGCCGCGGACGCCGAAGGGCAAGCCCACGAGGCGCGGCAAGCUGUGGGCCAGUCGGCGCUGGUGGACGGGCGGACGGCGGCGGAGCUGCGGACGAUCCUGACGGCGGACGGCACGUUGACGCUGCCGGAGCAGGGGACCGGGGCGCGCGGGGUGCUGGCGACGCUGGGGUCGGUGCUGAAGUACAGCGUCAACACGAGCAGCCCGGGGUUUCUGGACAAGCUGUACGGGCCGCCGGUGGCGCCGGGGAUCGCGGCGGAGCUGGUGCUCGGGGUGCUGAACACCAACCUGCACGUGUACCAGGUGUCGCCGGCGCUGUCGGUGAUCGAGACGCAGGUGGCGCGGGCGCUGGCCGGGCUGUUCGGGCUGACGGGCCCGCGGGUGGGCGGCAUCAGCGUGCAGGGCGGCAGCGCCAGCAACCUGACCAGCAUCGUGGUGGCGCGCAACACGCUGUUCCCCGAGACCAAGGCGCUGGGCAACGCCGCGGGCGGCCGGUCGCUGGUGCUGUUCACCUCGGAGCACGGCCACUACAGCAUCGAAAAGGCGGCCCAGCAGUGCGGCUUCGGCAGCGCCAGCGUCGUCGCCGUGCCCGUCGACCGGGCCACGGGCGCCAUGGAUCCCGCCGCGCUCGACGCCCUCGUCGUCCGCGAGCAGGCCCGCGGCAACACGCCCUUCUACGUCAACGCCACCGCCGGCACCACCGUGCUCGGCUCCUUCGAUCCCUUCCCGGCCAUCGCCGCCGUCGCCCGCAAACACCGCCUGUGGCUGCACAUCGACGGCGCCUGGGGCGGCAGCUUCGUCUUCAGCGACUCCCUGCGCCGCCGCGCCCUGGCCGGCUCCCACUUGGCCGACAGCAUCGCCAUCAACCCGCACAAGAUGCUCGGCGUCCCCGUCACCUGCAGUUUUCUCCUGCUCAAGGACCUCCGACACGCACACCGAGCCAACACCUUGAGGGCCGGGUAUUUGUUUCACGACGAGGCCGACGAUGACGAUGACGAUGGCGAGGACGAUGAUGCUCGAGACCCGGACGCGCCGGCAACCGCCAACGGACACCUCGACGAGGACAAUGGCAAUGACGACGACCACCCAUGGACGCCGCCCGACGACCUGGCCGAUCUCACGCUGCAGUGCGGCCGACGCGGCGACAGCCUGAAAUUCCUGUUCGCGUGGCAAUACUACGGCAGCGCCGGCUACCGCGCAAAGAUCGAGCAGGCCUACUCGGUGGCGCGCCAUCUGGCCGACCUGAUCGAUGCCCACCCCGACCUGGCGCUCGUCAGCACGAACCCGCCGCCGUGUCUGCAAGUGUGCUUCUAUUUCGCGCCGGGCGGCAAGCUGGUCCACGGAGUGACUGAGACUGAGACUGAGGCUGGGACCGAGAAAGAUGAGGCCCGAACCCGAACCCGAACCGGCAAACGCAACUCGGCGCUCACCAGCCGCAUCAGCCAGGCGCUGGUGCCGCGAGGCUUUCUCGUCGACUUUGCUCCGGCCCUGAGCCACGAAGUCGAGAAGGGCUCGUUUUUCCGCGCCGUCGUCAACAUCUCCACCACCCGAGCGACGGUCGAGAGACUGGUUGACGAGGUCGUCGCGGCCGGGCGGGCCAUUUUGCAGAAUCUGUAG